UGCACUCUAUAUAAAGACCGGGAAGCAUGAUUCAUGGUCAGUGAGAAGGAUAACCUUAACAGAGUCACUGAGAGAUGGCAACAUGCAGUGAAAUCAACAACACCAACAUUCAAGACCAAAGAGAAGCUCCCAUAAACCAAGACAUCUUAGAGACCGUAUUCUCUCAGGUCCCACUCAUCCAUCUCGUCCCAGCUUCUCACGUCUCAAGUGCCUGGAACCGUGCGCUCUCCAUCUCCCUCCGCCACGUCAACCCCAUCAAGCCAUGGCUCACGCUGCACAUCCAGAACCCCCGUGCACUGCACGUCACCACCACCUUCGCCUACGACCCACGCUCCCGCACCUGGUUCCAGAUCCACGCGCCGCAUCCCAACCACACCUCCACUCUCCGUGCCUCCAACUCCACGCUCCUCUACACGCUCUCCUUCUGCGAGUUCGCCUUCUCCAUCGACCCCCUCCAUCUCCACUGGCACCAAGCGUGUCCCCCACGCGUGUGUCGCACUGACCCUAUCGUUGCGCGAGUGGGACCACGAAUUGUGGUUGCCGGAGGCGCGUGCGACUUCGAGGACGAUCCUCUUGCAGUGGAGGCUUACGACACGGAGUCCCGCGCGUGGACCCGCUGCCAGUCUAUGCCGGCCAUUCUCAAGGACUCCUCCGCUUCCACAUGGCUCUCUGCGGCCGUCGCCGGAGAGAAGAUGUACGUGACGGAGAAAACCUCCGGCUUGACGUACUCGCUGGAUUGCAACACGAUGACGUGGCAGGGUCCGUUGGAGGUGCGUCCGAAUCUGAGCGUUUUCCACUGCGUGACCGGAGCGAUAGGCGGUCGUUUAAUGGUAGCGGGGAUGGUGGGAGAGGUGGAGAAGGUGGAGGAGGUGAAGUUGUGGGAAGUGAAAGGGGAAUUAGCGGUGGAAAGUGAAUUAGGGUAUUGGUGUGAGGAGUUAGCGGCGAUGCCGAAGGAGAUGAUGGUGAAGGUUAUGGGUGAGGGCGGUGGUUCCAUUGUGGUUAACUGGAUUGGGAAUUGUGUGUAUUUUCAGAACCAUUGGGAAGGGGAGGAGAUUUUUGUGUGCGAGGUUGGGAAUGGCGGAAAUUGCGAAUGGGAAAGCGUGAGGAACGUGACGGUGAGUGACGUGAGUCGCAUGCAGAGAAGGGUGUUUUGUGGUGCCCAUGUGAGUCUUAAAGAUUUGAAGAGGGCGAUGAAGAAAAAAUGUAUGUUUGUGGAAAAAACAGUGUAACUGGGGUUCGUAUACGAAAUGAAUGGUAGUGAAAUUAGGUUUUAUGUGGAUUGAAAUAGAUAAAUGGUUCUUUCGUACCGACAUCCAUAGUAUGUCAAUGUCAUUAGAUUGGACUAGUUGUUGAAAUUAUGAUGACGGACUCUCGUGUCAUGAAUAUGGGAGUGCUUCGCUGCUUUUAUCUGCUCUGUCGAACUGAGCUGGUGAUUCAUGUGUUAAAGAAACUUCACUUGUAUGCACUGAAAAUAUGAUUUUUAUUAGGUGAGUUUUCUUUUCCUAUUGUUUGCUCCAUAUGAGAUGCGCUGAACGUAGAAACCACUGCCAGUGAUUUCUACACUAUUUUUUCUCAUUAUUUGGUGUGAUUCGCGGAUCUAUGUAGUCACUCACUCAUUCAUAAAUAAUGAGCACAUUCAUUUCUAUAAUGAAAAA